AUGGCAGACGCACCUUCUCGAACGUGUUCGGACCUUGACUGUAUGUUAUCAGAACAGGCCUGGAAUUCAGUGGAGCGCAGAUUCGGUCCUCACUCCUUCGAUCUUAUGGCGUUAGACAGUAACUGUCGAAGGGAUCCUUCUGGUCUAAUUCUUCCUCAUUAUUCUCCUUGGCCUACCCCGGCUUCUGAGGGGGUUAACGCCUUUGCGCAGCUCAUCCCAUUGGAGCAUAACAUUUACGCUUUUCCGCCUUUCGUUUUACUCGGUCCGCUGUUGAGGUAUUUUUUGGAUCAGGGAUUCCAUGGAGCCCUUACUCUGGUGGUCCCGGAUUUGCGUCCCAGGCGUUUUUGGUGGGCUCUCCUUCAGUCUGUCGGAGUCGAUCGCCUUUUGCUUGGCAGGAAGGGCGACGAUGCUGCGUUGCUUUUUCCCUCUCGCUCCACGCAUGUCUGGUCGGCGCGACGUCUUCAGUGGGACUUGUGGGCUUAUCGCUGUAUUUUCUAAUUUUUUCCCGUUUACGGUCUUCUGCUAGAUUCCGCGACCAUGGAAACCAGCCCGUCUUUGUGGUUCGUGUUUGUAUCCGAAUGACGCAGAUGCCAAUUUCUGUCAAGCGUGUGGGGUUCCCACUGCGCCCUUGGUGCCAGCUGUUCCCCGUGGCAGGGGUCCUGUGGAUGAGAAGGUUAUUCAAGAGCGUUUUCAAGAGUUUAAGUCUUCGUUUGAGCGUCGGCCCUAUCAACGUCAAAAGUCAGCUCUUGAGCAGCAGCUAUCUACGUCUCUCGCAUCAGUUUCCCCGCCUAAAACAAUUUCAUCUUGUACGGUAGACGACGUUAUUAAGUUUCUCACUUAUAAAGAUUCGUCAGGGCGAACAGUGGUUCAUGUCCCCACAUGUUCCGGAGAAGCUUGCGCCUGCCCCCGCCGUUUAGCCGCUGGCACCGUUGACUCCCUGCUUGGAAAGCUCAGGUCCAUCUUUAAUAAACUUGGUCGCACCGACCACACUAAUCCUAUCGCGCAUCCUCGCAUCAAGGAAUACUUGAACUUUGUCCGCGUCGAACAGGCGGGUAUGGCUAUUUCGCCUUCGCAAGCUGUGCCAUUGUUCUUUGUU